AUGGCUGCAAAAGAAAAGAAAUUUGUUAACAAGUUGAAAGCUUUGGAAGCUAAGCUGAGCAAUGAGAAAAUAUUGAAUGAAACAUUAAGCCAGGAAGUCACUAUGCUGAAGAUGCGAGAGGAAGUGCAUGCUUUAUUGGUUGCUGAGAACAAAACGGCAAUUAAUUCCGAAUUGGAAAGUAAAGAAAGUGAAGUACGCGAAAUGAAGGUGCAACUCGAAAGCAAUAAGAAGAAUAUGGAAGAAGCGUUGAUAAACAGAGAUAUCUUAAGGAAUGAAGUAAACGAUCUGCAGGACAAACUGGCGGCCACUGAGGAAAAAGUGAAGCAUCUUGACAGUACGAUAACCUUGACGGUAACUACUUGCAAUAAACAAAAGAACGAAUUGAAGUCAAAGUUUGUGGAAUUCGAGCAAAAGACUUUGGAUUUGGAAAAGGAGAACCAUAAUAUGAAAACAGUUAUUAUUAGUUUAGAGCAAGAGAAAAGUGACAUUUCUUCAAAGUUUGUGGGAUUCGAACGAAAGAUUUUGGAUCUGGAAAUGAAGAACCUUCGUAUGAAGACGGUUAUUAUCAAUUUAGAGCAAGAGAAUAAUGACCAAACUUCAAAGUUUAUGGAUUUCGAGCGAAAUAUUGUGGAUCUGGAAAAAGAAAACCAUCGUAAAAAAACGGUUAUCAUCGAGCUAGAGCAACAGAAGAGCGACCUCAGUAAAAACUUGGCAGAAUCUACUGAUAAAUAUGAAAAGCUACUAAACGAAAAGGAUACGUUAUCAACUAAAGUUCAAGAACUAGAAACAACGACUCCCAAAGGCAAAGUAGAAACGCUGCGAAACGAAAAGAAGGACUUGGAAAAGACCCUCGAACGAGAAAUUCGAGAAAAGACAGAACUGAAAGCGCAAGUUACCAACAUUCUGCAAGAGAUCGGUCGAUUGGAGGAGCAGCUAAAAGAUGUUAAGAACCCCCAUUCGGCUAUUCUGAACAAGAAACAAACAUUGAAAAAAAAGAUUGAACGAUUACAGCGUCAGCACUCGGAAGCCAAAAACAAAGCAGACAAGGAAAACACCCAUAAAUGGCAGACAAAGAUCAAGGAAAGCGAAACCAAGUUGCAGCAAGUCGAAUGUGAGAACUCUCAGGAAAAGGAGAAGCAUUGUGUGCUAGAUAACAACAAUUGUUUAACCAAAGAGGAAGCAACUACUACGAGUCUCGCAAAACGGAAAUACUUUGAACCACUGGGCAAUCUUUUAAACGAGAUAGAUUCACUACGAGAGUGUGUCUUUUCGGAAAACUAUGAGUGCCUAACGGAACUUCUGUGGGAUGACCACGGUUGA